AAGCCGAAGGUCAAGCCAACUAACAGUAGCAGUAAAGAGUAGCUCAGACUCGGGAAGGUCAGUAUACCAGUUCGCUUCUUCAUGGAUUCCGAUUACGGUAUUCCCAGAGAACUCUCCGAUCUUCAGAAGCUCAGAUCUCUCUACCACCCACAGCUCCCUCCCUGCCUCCAGGGAACCACUGUCAGGGUUGAAUUUGGUGAUACAACUACAACUGCAGACCCAGUUGAUGCCCAUACUAUUAGCCGCUCAUUCCCGCACACUUAUGGGCAGCCCUUGGCACACUUUCUCAGGGCCACUGCAAAAGUCCCUGAUGCCCAGAUUAUAACCGAGCAUCCAGCUAUUAGAGUGGGAAUAGUUUUUUGCGGGAGACAAUCUCCUGGAGGGCACAACGUUAUUUGGGGUCUUUAUUAUGCUCUCAAAAUUCACAAUCCCAACAAUGUCUUGAUUGGAUUUCUUGGUGGUUCAGAUGGUCUAUUUGCCCAGAAAACUCUUGAGAUAACUGAUGAGAUUCUUUCAACGUGCAAAAACCAAGGUGGUUAUGAUUUGUUGGGACGAACAAAAGAUCAAAUUAGAACGAAAGAACAAGUUAAUGCUGCACUUGCUACAUGCAAUAAUUUGAAACUUGACGGACUUGUCAUAAUUGGGGGGGUGACAUCAAAUACAGAUGCUGCUCAGCUUGCAGAAACAUUUGCUGAAGCAAAAUGCCCAACAAAGGUGGUUGGCGCUCCCGUAACUUUGAAUGGAGAUCUUAAAAACCAGUUCCUGGAAACUACAGUCGGUUUUGAUACGAUAUGCAAGGUGAAUUCUCAGCUCAUCAGCAAUGUCUGCACUGAUGCGCUCUCUGCCGAGAAGUAUUACUAUUUCAUCCGUCUCAUGGGCCGCAAGGCAUCGCAUGUUGCUCUGGAGUGCACCCUGCAGUCCCAUCCAAAUAUGGUAAUUCUUGGUGAAGAGGUUGCCGCUUCAAAACUUACCCUUUUUGAUAUUACAAAACAAAUUACUGAUGCAGUUCAGGCCAGAGCAGAGCAUGACAAGUAUCAUGGAGUCAUCCUACUGCCAGAAGGGCUAAUAGAGAGCAUUCCUGAAGUGUAUGCACUCCUAAAGGAAAUUCAUAGUCUACUCAGACAAGGUGUAGCUGUUGACAACAUAUCUUCUCAGCUUUCACCAUGGGCAUCUGCUUUGUUUGAAUUUAUGCCCCCCUUUAUUAGGAAACAGCUGCUCCUAUAUCCAGAAUCAGAUGACUCUGCACAGUUGUCCCAGAUUGAGACUGAAAAACUACUGGCAUAUCUUGUGGAGGGAGAGAUAAACAAGCGUGCGAAAGAAGGCACAUAUAAGGGAAAAAAGUUCAAUGCCAUCUGCCACUUUUUUGGUUACCAAGCCCGAGGUUCUCUGCCAUCAAAAUUUGAUUGUGACUAUGCAUAUGUUCUUGGGCACAUCUGCUACCAUAUACUUGCAGCUGGUCUAAAUGGCUACAUGGCAACUGUUACCAACCUGAAGAAUCCUGUAAACAAGUGGCGCUGUGGGGCUGCUCCAAUCACAGCUAUGAUGACGGUGAAGCGUUGGUCGCCAAAUCCUGGAGCUGUAUCAAUUGGAAAACCUGCUAUUCAUCCAGCCAAUGUUGACUUGAGAGGCAAAGCAUACGAGCUGUUGCUGCAGAACGCAUCAAGAUUUCUUAUGGAUGAUAUUUAUAGAAAUCCAGGUCCACUUCAGUUUGAUGGUCCUGGUGCAGAUGCCAAGGUUAUCACGCUGUGCGUUGAAGAUAUGGACUAUAUGGGCCGCAUUAAGAAACUUCAGGAGUACCUUGACAAGGUUCGUACUAUUGUAAAGCCUGGAUGCCCUCAGGAUGUUUUGAAAGCAGCUCUCAGUGUGAUGUCUUCUGUUACAGAAGUUCUAACCACUAUGUCUCAAUCUUCUGUAAACAACAUGGCAUGACCCUUCAUGAGUAGUAUAUGCACGAUGUAUUUUCUUUGAAAAUUUUCCAGCAUAAUUGCCUUAGCUCUUUUAUUUUAUUAUGUUUUUAUAGUAGGCCUAGAGGUUGGUGGUAAUAAAGAUUUAGAUCUGAUACAUUGGGUGUAUUUCAAUGUCAAAGUUUUGAAUUCUUUCCGUAAUUGUAAGCGGGAUCCUAGACCUAAGAGUUCCGUGUGGCAUUUUUUGGAAAUUUGGUUUAGCUUGGUGACUCUGAUUA